AUGUAUAAGACGAGGGCUCCGGCGUCGUCAUCGACCGUCUCGGUCGAGCAACCACUUGCCAUGACCACGACCACCACCUCCGCCACCACAGACCUGCCAGACAUGCGCGGGCUGUCACUGUACCAGCGGAAAUGUACCCUCAUCAACCGCGCGAUUGAUGCGUACGGCAUGGGCCGGUACCAGUGGUGCGUGUGGCUGUUGUGCGGCUGCGGCUACUUUAUCGACCUGCUCUGGGCGCAGGCCUUUGGCCUCGUCUUGAGCCCGCUGCAGCAGGAGCUGGGCUUUGGCAAUGGCCAGUCGGGUAACAUUGCCACCAGCUUCAACGCCGGGCUCACGGUCGGUGCCAUUUUCUGGGGCUUCAUGGCGGACAUUGUCGGGCGACGGUGGGCAUUUAACCUGACAUGUCUCAUCUCCUCGGUGUUUGGCCUCUGUCUCGGCGCCUCGAACAGCUACCCGACGUUUCUCGUGCUCACGGCCUUUGUCGGCUUCGGCGUCGGCGGCAACAUCCCCGUCGACUCGGCCAUUUUUCUCGAGUUUGUACCGCGCAACCGCCGCUUCCUGCUGGCGUGCCUGUCGCUUUUCCAGCCACUCGGCGUCAUCGUCUCGAGCGCCAUGGCCUUUGGCUUCAUCCCCCACUACUCGUGCUCGCCCAACUUUUCCGAGCCGAACCCGCUGCCGUCGUGCCGCGGGGUCGUAGCGGUGGCGGGUACGUCGACGCGCUGCUGCGAGCGGGACAGCAACAUGGGCUGGCGCUACCUGCUCUUCACCACGGGCGCGCUCUCGCUGGCCGUCUUUGUGCUCCGCUUCGCCGUCUUCUCGUUCAAGGAGACGCCCAAGUUCUCCGUGUACGCCGGGCGCGACGACGAGGCCAUUGCCACGAUGCGGUACAUUACCGGCGGCAAGGGCAGCGACGGCUGCGGCGUUACGGCCGAGGCGUUUGCGGCGGUCGAGCGCGACUUCGAGACGGAAAUGAGCAGCAGUCGGAGCUCGCAGUCGAGCGUCCUGCUUCCGGGGGGCGAUGAUGAGCCCAGCAGCGCGUAUGCAAAGCUGGCCGACAGACUGUACCCGUACAAGGCCUUUUUCAGCAGCUGGGACAUGGCGCGCCUGACGCUGCUGGUCUGGCUGACGUACGCCAUGGACUUUUCGGGAUUCACCGUGGCAGGUUUCUACCUGCCGCGGAUCCUCGCGCUCAAGAACGGCGCCGCGAAUGUGAGUCUCCGAUUCACGUAUGCCGCCUACAUUUUCACGUACGCGCCGGGCAUCCUCGGCGUCUUGGGCGGCGCGUUCAUGUACAACGUGCCCACCCUGGGCCGCAAGUGGACCAUGGUCUUCUCCUCGGCCCUCAUGGGCACGUCCAUCUUCCUCCUGGCCACGGUGGACUCGGUGGCCAAGCGCGAGGGCCUGUUUGCGCUGGAGUACUUCUUCCAGUCCAUGUUCAACGCCGUCUUGUACGGCUGGACGCCGGAAGCGUUUCCGGCGCCGAUUCGCGGCGCCGCGUGCGGCAUCGCGGGGUUCUGGGGCCGACUGUUUGGCAUCGUCAGCCCCAUCAUUGCGCAGAGCCUGUAUGGCCGGGCGACGGACGGCAACGGCGGCGACGUGAAUGCCGUCUUGUACCUGGCUGGUGGCAUUACCCUGGGGUGUGUACUCAGCACGGCACUGUUGCCAUCCAAGCUCAUGGAGUCGGAUGACGAGACUGAUCGAUGA